UUUGCUAUAAUCCUGCCCAAGGAGCUCCUCUCUAGUCUCUAUACUAUCUUUACAAAUUGCUCCAGCAAAACCCAUCGUCAAAACCCAAUUUCAAGCCGAGAGCUCGAGGCCGGUCGGAUUGACUCGGAAGACCAAGGUUCUCUGUUUCGCCAUAUUUGAUGAUUUUCUUCAAGAUCACGUUUCAAGCAUUCAACUAAUUUGCAUUAAAUUAGUUACCUGCAUCCAUGCUUUAUUCGUUAUGGUAAGCCAAAGAAGAAAAAUCAACUGUACUAUAUUGUUGUACAUACUCUUGUUGUAUUCCUGUCGUGUGGAUUUCUAUGUCACAGGCCAAGAUACAUUAAAGCGUGGAGAGUGGAUUACUGACAAUAAAACCCUUGUCUCCAGUAGUGAAACGUUUGAAUUGGGAUUCUUUAACGCUACGGGAAGCUCUAGCUCCAAAAGCUAUGUCGGGAUAUGGUACAAAUGGGAUCAACAAACAGUUGUAUGGGUUGCCAACCGAGACAAACCUGUCCUCAACGGUUCCACGGGAGUUUCUUUUGGAAUUACAAACGAUGGCAAGUUUCAGAUAUGGGAUAUUAAAACUAGACACGUUUAUUGGAGUGUAGACGAUGAGAGUUCUCGGUCUACAUAUCGAUCUGUGACGCUCAUGGAUUCUGGAAACCUGGUCUUAGGGGGUGAUCAGCUGGGGACGAGUCUGUGGGAGAGCUUCAGAAAUCCAACUGAUACAGUUCUUCCAGGUAUGAAGAUGGAUAAAGAGCUGACAUUGACUUCAUGGAUAGGUGAUGGUGACCCAGAAAGUGGGGAUUUCACGUUUCAGCAAUAUCAAGAAGAAGAGGGCAAAUACGUUAUCUCAAAAAAGACAGGCGAUUAUUGGAGAAGUUGGAUGUCAGGCAACUUCUUCAGCUCAGGUGAAAGGCCCAGUUUCCCCGAUGCCGUAGCCAACUUAUUAUCAAAUAAAAGCAACUGCUUCAGGCGUACCGCGUAUGUGAUCAGGUGUUCGCAGGAUUCAAGUAUCAGAAGGUUGGUGUUGAAUUAUGCGGGGGAAUUACAGUAUCUGAACUGGAAUGCGGAAAAGGGAAAUUGGGAUUUGAUAUGGAGGGAGCCGGAAGACGAAUGUAGCAUUUACAAUGCUUGUGGGAAAUUCGGCGUCUGCAAUAUUAACAAUAGGGUGGUAUGCAAAUGUUUGCCUGGCUUCCAGCCUACUAACCCGAAGCACUGGGAUUCUGGAGAUUUUUUGGGUGGGUGCACUAGAAAUUCGACAUCAUCUGACAACAGCGACAUGUUCUUGAGCUUACAGAUGAUGAAAGUGGGCAAACCAGACUUUAAUUCCAAGGUAGAAAAUGAAACAGAAUGCAGAAAAGAGUACUGCCUUGAGAACAGCCAGUGCCAGGCUUAUUCAUAUGAUACUACUGGGACCGACAUCUGCUGGAUUUGGAAUUCGGAUCUAAAUAAUCUUCAAGAAGAGUACACAAAUGGUGGUCAUAACAUCUUUGUCCGAGUCGCAAAAUCUGUUAUAGAACCUACUGCUAGGAAUUGUGAGCCUUGUGGCACAAACCUGAUCCCCUAUCCGCUGAGCACUGGAACAAAUUGUGGUGACCCCAUAUACUUCAGUUUCUACUGCAACACCUCCUCAGGCCAGGUUAGGUUCAAGGCACCCAGUGGCACUUAUCGUGUUGCUAAUAUUACUCCAAGUACACAAAAAUUUGUCAUCCAAAUCAAACAUGCAGAAAAUAUUUAUGAUAGAAAUUUAGGAGGAAAUCUGCAACUCAAUCAAUCAUUGCCAUUUAAUGCGACCAUUGGCAACUUUAGUUCUAAAGUUGAAGUAGAAAUCAGUUGGGUGCCCCCGCAAGAGCCAACCUGUACUUCAUUGACAGACUGCAAGGACUGGCCAAAUUCAAUUUGCAAUAUAACAAGAGAUGGAUACAAGAGGUGCCUUUGUAAACAAAACUUCCAAUGGAAUGGCUCCACUUUAAAUUGUACUGAAGGUAAUCUUCCUCGGGGAUUAAAAGAGCCUUCAAAAAGAACGAAGCGGCUGCUUCUGAGUGUGGUGGUACCUCUAAUUGUAGGUGUGUUUGCUCUCACAUGUACCAUUACUUCUGUAUACGUAUGGAGAAGUAAGAUGGCCAAGGACGAAGAAAUUAGAAGAAGUGACAGAACAAAUCAAGCACUUCGUUCAUUAGACAGUGAAAAACAUGUCAAAGAUUUAAUAGAGUCAGGUCAAUUUAGAGAAGAAGAUGAGAAAGGCAUAGAUGUACCUUAUUUUGAUUUGGAAAGCAUUCUAGCAGCUACAGAUAGCUUCUCAGAUGCAAACAAGCUUGGAGAGGGGGCCUAUGGACCUGUUUACAAGGGCAUAUUUUCAGGAGGUCAAGAAAUUGCAGUAAAGAGGCUCUCAAAUGUCUCAGGACAAGGCUUACAGGAAUUUAGAAAUGAGGUGGUGUUGAUUGGCAAACUUCAACAUAGAAAUCUUGUUAGACUUCGGGGAUAUUGCGUAAAAGGAUAUGAAAAGAUUUUGCUCUAUGAGUACAUGCCCAACAAAAGCUUGGACUCAUUUAUAUUUGAUAAAACGCUAAGCAUGUCUUUGGACUGGGAGAUGCGCUUCAAAAUCAUUUUAGGAAUUGCUCGUGGGCUUGUUUAUCUUCAUCAUGACUCCAGAUUGAGGAUUAUUCAUAGAGAUAUGAAAACCAGUAACAUUCUUUUAGACGAAGAAAUGAACCCCAAAAUAUCCGACUUUGGCUUGGCAAGGAUGAUUGAAGGCAAAGAAACCGAGGCUAGCACAACCAAACUAGCUGGAACUUAUGGCUAUAUGUCUCCGGAGUACAUACAAAAUGGAAUGUUUUCAUUCAAAUCCGAUGUUUUUAGCUUUGGUGUGGUUCUACUUGAGAUUAUAAGUGGAAGAAAGAAUGAUGGCAACAUGAGCCUUAUAGGUUAUGCUUGGAGAUUGUUGGAUGAAAACAAGGUGUUGAAUUUAGUGGACCAGACUCUACGUAAAGAUUGCAAUGCAGACCAGUUAGUGAAGUGCGUAAAUAUUGGAUUCUUAUGCUUACAAGAUGACCCAAAUGACCGUCCCACCAUGUUAAAUGUUGUUACCAUGCUUGACAGUGAAGCUGCACCAAUUCCAACUCCAACACGACCAUCUUUGGUUCCAGGGGCAUGCCUUUCUAGCACAACUAGUUCUUCUACUAGACCGGACACAAUUACAGAAUCAACUAGUAGUUUCGGAGGAACAUGAUACCAAUGCAAGUUUUCUUGAAUCUGUCAUCUCUUAAUAAGAAGGUUUUAGCGUGGACAAACCAUUGGUUUUAUGAAUAAGAAGGUUUUAGUAGCCCUUCACCGAAAUGAAACUAUUCUCCCAAUAUCUAUUCAUUUUCUUGAACCUUCUUUGUGGUAUUUGUAUUUGGUGAUGAUUGUAAUUUCAUUUUUCUAUUUUGUUUUGGUCAUUGUGAAGUAACCUACAUGUAAGAUUUGAAUAUCUAUUCCUUUACUUGAAACUUCUC